GACCUGGCUGACGGCCCGGAGCCUCGCGCCAAAGCGGCCCGGGGAGGGCGGCGGACAGCUCCCGCGGCCCCCCCGCCACACGCCCCGCGUCCGGAGAGCUCGCCCCGGCCCGCGGGCUGCUCGCAGGCUCGCCAUGGGCUGGACUCUGUGAUCGUUGCUGGGAUCGCGGCUCGCCUUGCACGGAGGGAAGCCGCCGUGUCUGCCCUGCAGCCCCCGGCCGCGGCCAAAUGACAAGCCCCCGGGCAGAGCUGAGCUAGUGGAAGGGGCGCGGGGGGGCCUGUCUGCACUUCGCCGUUGCUCCCUUUGAGCCCCAGUCCCACCCGAGGGGCGUGUGGAGAGAGUUUCCCCGUCCUGCUGGAGAAGAGAAAGAAACUUCGCGGCGGAAAGCGGAGCCCGGGACAGUCCCCUGGCUGGGGGCCAGCUCUGGAGGGAGAGGGAAGCGGUGCACAGGGGAGCUGAGGUUUGGGACAUCGCCUUUCGGGGUGCGGAGAGGAGCCCGAGGUUGGGGCCAUCGGGAGCGCAGCAGCCCCCAGGUGCGGGACUUUUGCCGAGCGGGAGGAGCGGGCCGAAGUUGGGGCUGCAGUUCCCGGACUCGUUCUGCUGCGGAGCAAAGAUUGAUUUUCGGCGGGCGGCCAGCGGCCGGGGAGAGGUGACCGGGGCAGGCGGCCGGCAGCGCGGGGUGGGCUGCCGCUUGCAGCAGCUGCAGGGCUUGCCGGGGGCCAGCAUGUCCAAGCCGGUGGACCAUGUCAAGAGGCCCAUGAACGCCUUCAUGGUGUGGUCCCGGGCGCAGCGCCGGAAGAUGGCCCAGGAGAACCCCAAGAUGCACAACUCGGAGAUCAGCAAGCGCCUGGGGGCCGAGUGGAAGCUGCUCAGCGAGGCGGAGAAGCGGCCCUUCAUCGACGAGGCCAAGCGGCUGCGGGCCAUGCACAUGAAGGAGCAUCCCGACUACAAGUACCGGCCCCGCCGGAAGCCCAAGACCCUGCUCAAGAAGGACAAGUUCGCCUUCCCGGUGCCCUACGGCCUGGCGGACCCCGAUCACCCGCACGGGCUGAAGGCGGCCGGGCUGCACGGCGGGGCCGGCGGGGGCCUGGGGCCCGACUCCCUGCUGGCCAACCCGGAGAAAGCGGCCGCCGCCGCCGCCGCCGCCGCCGCCCGGGUCUUCUUCCCCCAGUCGGCGGCCGCCGCCGCCGCCGCCGCCGCCGCCAGCAGCCCCUACUCGCUGCUGGACCUGGGCUCCAAAAUGGCAGAGCUCUCGUCGUCCUCCUCCGCCUCGGCGCUGCCCUACGCCUCCUCCUUGGCCUACCCCGGCGCCGCGGGAGCCGGCGCCUUCCACGGGGCCGCCGCCGCCGCCGCCGCAGCCGCCGCCGCCGCCGCCGGGGGGCACACUCACUCGCACCCGUCCCCGGGCAACCCGGGCUACAUGAUCCCCUGCAACUGCAGCGCCUGGCCCGGCCCGGGCCUCCAGCCGCCCCUCGCCUACAUCCUGCUGCCCGGCAUGGGCAAGCCCCAGCUGGACCCGUACCCGGCAGCCUACGCGGCGGCGCUAUGACAUCCCGGCCGUGCGGCCGGAGCCGAGCGGCGGACCCCCAGCCGCGGCUCCCGGGAGACGGGUGCAGAGGGCUGGGCGCCGGCAGCGGCGGACCCGCCGCCCGGGAAGGGGCAAGGGCGGGAUGGGGACGAGCGUCCGUGUACACGGGAGCGCUUCAGCCCUGCGCUCCUGCCGCAACCGUCUGUCUGCUCCAGCAGCAGGUGGUGCCCGUCUGGCCCUCCUCGGACCUGUUGCGUGUUGCCCACAGACGCCCCUGAGAAGAAACUCCCUAGCCGGAGGGGGCUCGCCCGUCUGCCUCCCUUUUUCUAGAAUUGGUGUGUGUUGCAUGCAGCCUUUGCAGAUACCUGAGCUGAAAGGGCUUGCUCUUCGCAGGCACUGGAAACUCUCACUGGUUUCUCCCUACCUGCAUCUUCCUUUGCCUGCCUUGUCUCCCCCCCUCCCGCCCCCCCAAAUCCGUGCUAUUUGAACUUCUCCAAAACGUCCUCCCUCCAACACCACCACCGCCAAAAAAGGGGCAAAUUGUUGACAGAACGGAGGGACAAAUCUGGCGUUUGGAU